AUGGAUGAUGGUGGACUUGAGGGAUGCAUCGAAGAAAUGGGAGAGUUGGCCAAGGAUAAAUCACCAUAUCAUGGUAUGGAGUUUCCAUCAAAAGAAACUGCAUAUGAGUUUUAUAAUGAAUACGGAAGAAUUGUGGGGUUUAGUAUUAGAAGAGAUUAUUGUAACAAAAGUCAGAAAGAUGGUGUUAUGACUAGUAGAAAGUUUGUUUGUUGUAAGGAGGGAGAGAGGGAAAAAGAUAAACGGAUGGAAGUUGUAGGGUUCACACGAGAGGAUCAGAAAACCUACUUACGUGCAAAAAGACAGCGAAACUUGCAGUAUGGUGAAGCGGGGAGUUUGUUAAGAUAUUUCCAGCAGCAAGUGGCAGAAAAUCCAUAUUUUUACAAUGCCAUUCAGUUGGAUGUAGAUGAGAUGAUUACUAGUAUUUUUUGGGCUGAUCAUCAGAUGAUAACAGAUUAUGGACUUUUUGGUGAUGCGGUGUCAUUUGACACAACUUUUCGAACAAAUAAGGAGUACCGUCCACUUGCUUUAUUUUGUGGCUUUAACCACUUUAGAAUGACAGUGAUUUUUGGUGCAGGAUUAUUAUAUGAUGAAACUGCAGAGUCAUUUGAAUGGUUAUUUGAAACAUUUUUGGAUGCAAUGUCAGGAAAAAAACCCGUUAGUUUUUUCACAGAUCAAGAUCAAGCAAUGGCUAAGGCAAUUUCACAAAUCAUGCCUGAGGUUUUUCAUGAGUUGUGCACUUUUCACCUAAUGCAAAAUACUUUGAAGCAUUUAGGUUACUUGUUCAAGAGUGGUUCAAAAUUUAGUAGUGAUUUAAAAGCUUGCAUUUAUGACUACGAGAAUGAGCAUGAAUUAAUUGAAGCUUGGAAUUCUUUGAUUGAUAAAUACAACAUGCAAGAGAAUGAGUGGAUGAAAAGAACUUGGAGAAAAAGAGAGCAGUGGGCGCAUGUGUAUAUGAAGUGGGUAUUUACUGGAGGAAUGCGAAGCACACAACUUAGUGAAAGUCUAAAUGGAACAUUAAGGGGAUAUUUGAAGGGUGAUCAUAACAUUGUUCAAUUCUUUACUCACUUCAAUCGGAUUGUUGUAGAUAAGCGGUAUGAGGAAAUUUCCGCAAUAUAUGAUUCUAGACAAAAGUUGCCAAGAAUGAAAUUGAAAAAGUCUCCCAUUUUAAUCCAAGUUGCGAGUUUGUACACCCCUCCUAUCUUUGAUUUAUUUCAUUGUGAGUUGGAUACGUCCCUUUGUUGUCAAGUGAAGCAAUUCCAUGAGUUAGAAGGAGAAGUUAAGUGCGUGAUUGGCUUGUAUGGUAAUGGUAAAGAGUAUAUUGUGGAGGGUAGGGUGGAAGUUAUUGGGCUAAGAGGAGAAAAAAGCUGUCAAGAAAUACAUUGUACUUGUAAGAAAUUUGAGAACUUUGGAAUUUUAUGUAGUCAUGCAAUCAAAGCACUUGAUAGAAUGAAUGUUAUGAAAAUUCCCGAAAGGUAUAUAUUAGGCCGAUGGAGAUUGGAUGCAAAAGAUUGUGAAGUUGAAGAGAAAAAUGUUGUAGUGGAUGAGGAUGAUCCGAAGUUGUUAAUAUUAGCACGUUAUAGAGAUCUUUGUCCAAGAAUGGUGAAACUAGCAACUCAAGCAUCUAUGCACAAACCUGCCUAUCAAUUGGUUGAUGAAGGAAUUAAGGAAUUGUGUGUAAAAGUAAAUAAUAUGAUGAAGGGAGUUGGAAGUUUUGGUACCAAUGAAUUAGAUGUGGACGACCCCAACAUUACACAAGUUAAGGGCAUAAAGAAGAAAGAUGUUGGACACAAAGGGAGGGGUAGAUUAAAACCUUGGCAUGAGAUGAUGAAUAAGAAGACAAAAGUUAUUUCACAACCUACCCGCCUUAGUAAGACUAUUGGUCAAUCAAGCAACACUACAAAUGUUCAAAAUUCAUCCUCAAGCCAACAACAGACUAUUGGUCAAUCAAGCAACACUACAAAUGUUCAAAAUUCAUCCUCAAGCCAACAACAGACUAUUGGUCAAUCAAGCAACACUACAAAUGUUCAAAAUUCAUCCUCAAGCCAACAACAGACUAUUGGUCAUGAAGGUUUUUAG